AUGAACAGGUUAAGAGUCCCUAUCUCAACAAAUGAAGAUAAGGAUAAACUAUGCUCCUCUACUUCCAUGCAAGCAUCUGCGUACAAAACUUCAACACUUUGUGCUGAUGACAACGUAAUUGUUGAAGAAUGCCAUGAUCCAAGGCCAGUCCAAUGCUUUCAUGCUGACAAAAAUGAUGUAGAAUUGGUAAACUCUGACUACAAAGCUGAAGUAUCUCGCUCUCUGUCUUUGAAAAAGAGUAGAAAGAGACAACGGGCUGAGGAAGUUCCAUCUAACAUAGAUGAUGAGGUGAUAUGCACUGGGGACACCAAUAAUCCUGUUCAAACCCCAGUCCAUAAUGGAAAAGAGACUAGUUCAUCCAAUCCAGUUUCUGAACCUGAUAACCAUUACUUCACUGGCGGCUUACUCGGCCCUGAUGGAACCAACUGGCACUUGGGAAAAUGGUGCAAGAAAGGUCAGAACCAAGGAUCAAAUUCAAAAGCAGGCGAUCUAAUUGCGGUUGGAGCUGAUGGCAGAGGUGGCCGAAUCAAGGUUAUGAGACAACUUCAUCAACCAUCACUGGAUUCUAAAUGCAAGCAAAGUGGCAAACAAAGCAAGUUGAGAGGAAAAGGAGUGUUGCAGAUUUGA